CUCCGCGCCGAGCAGAGCGGAUAUCCGGCGCAGUCUCUGGCUGACGUGUCCUUGCUGGCGGGUUUAGAGUAGCUGUUGGAGCUGGGACAGUCAGUGAGCUGGAUACCGGCACGGUGAGAGAGGGGGAGCAGGGCUCUGCUAUGGAGGGGGGGUCUCUCAUGGGGGAAUGGCACUGAUAUAUAGGGACAGAGAGCCAUAGGGGACACUUAUUGGUGUUACACCUCAGCCAGGGCUCAUACAGCACACAGCCAGGGCCUGCAGGAGCUCUGUUACAAUGUAUCUAUUAAUGGAAUCCUAUAAUGUGUAGUCCCUGUCCCUGCUCUCUGUAUUCUGUGGGUGGAGGGGUCAGCCAUUGUUCCAUUCUGUGACAGACAGCCCAGGGGUUCUCCAGUUUAGAUGUAUAACAUGUCACUCAGAUACUGCUUUAUAAAGGAGUUUGUCAUGUGGAGAUAUUGAGAUCUCUUUAUAAGGCAGUCAUGGUAUCUCCUCUGUGGGGUAUAGGACCCUUUCAUCUCUAAGUGACUGUAUGAGUAAAAACAAAAAAAUGGUUGGGGUGUGUGUGUAUAUAUCUUAAUUUUUUUUACUUAAAUUGUAUUUAAUUUUUUUUAAAUAGGUCAUCUUUUUGGGUCCCCCCCAAGAUGAACAGCCAAUAGUCACUGGUACACUUGUGCUUUACACACACCACCUGGGGGUGAUUCAAACCUAAGAGCUGAUAACAUUGCCUGUCCAAGAGUGACACAUCAGCGUUACAUUGGAAUGAUGAUGCUGCAGAGCAGGGGGUCCCUAUUUAAAAUCGCAGCUUUUGGGAUUGAAUUAUUUAUAUAUUUAUAUUUUUUUUUUAUGGAGGCCUGGAUCCUUGGUUGGACACCCUGUAAACUAUCAAGAAUUCUUAGAUGCUUUAUUAAGUGUUUUUUUUUUUUUUUCACCCCCCCUCCCCCAAACACACACCUUCUUAUUUGAGGAAUGCUAACCUUUUAAGCAGACAUGUAAUAACAUUCUGACCAUGUUUAUUUGUGAUUUCUUGCAGAUGAGGGUGUUGUUUCUUGCGUUUUUGGGUCUCCUGGUAGUUGUCCAGUGUGAAGAAGGAGCCAGGUUACUGGCUUCAAAGUCUCUUCUCAAUAGAUAUGCUGUAGAAGGGAAAGACUUGACUCUGCAAUAUAAUAUCUACAAUGUUGGAUCCAGGUAUGGACAAUUUAUUAUUCAUAACAACUGCAAUCCUAACACAGAAAAUUGUCAGAUUUAUACAUUUUAUGUGCUAAUCAUGUGGCGAACAUGAAGCAAUAAUGUAGUGACCUUGUUAUGAUUCCUUUAGAUCUUACUCUAGGAGACGGUUCACCAAACUCUGGUCCUCCCAGAUGUUGCUGAACUACAACACCCAUGAUUCUUUGAUGGAAGUAAAUUGCUAGAGAAUCAUGGGAGUCAUAGAUAAGCAACAUCUGGAGGAGCACAGUUUGGAGAAGCCUGCUCUAGGAUAAAGAUUGGUAACGUUGGCAUCCUGGAUGUGUAUUUGAAAUACUACACUACGCUCAACCAGCUUUUAUAUUGACUGCAUCAUGGGUAAUAUAGUUUAGACCAAGCAUAAGCAACCUUCGGCACUGCAGAUGUUUUGAACUACACCUCUCAUGCCAGCAUUAUGGGUGUAAGAGCAUUAUGGGGAUGUAGUUCACUACAUCUGGAGUGCUGAAGGUUGCCUACCACUGGUUUAGACACUGCAGGGUUAUUUGCUAAAGUAAGAAUUUAAAGUGAUUUGUAAGGCCAGGGUACUUGAUCAGGAGCAAAUUGGCUAUUUUGGCCCAAAAUUUUAAAGUCACUUUCAGUUAUUACUGUAGUGAAUAACUCUGCUGAUGUGACAAGAGGCGUGUUCUAGAAGGUUAUAGAUUGCUAGAUAGUACACAUGCAAAGCUGUCAAAGUUCUAGUGACAGUAGAAUUUAGCAGGAUUAUUUGAAGGUGCACUAGCGUUGCGAAUACAAAAAGUUUACUUACCUUUCAGGACUGCUUACCUUUACUCUCCCAGCAAUGUCACGGGUAGACAGGGUCACUUUUGUGAUGGGCUAGUCCAGUACUCCUCGUAGCAGUGUGGACCUAAUGCGCAUGCACAAGGGAGUGCAGAGCGUGCAUUCAAACAUUUCCGUGGGAAAGCAUUGAAUUAAUGUUAGUUGUCGAGGAUUCAAGUUAAAUUCGCUCUGCUUCCAGUUUGACUCUUUUGUUCUAAAAUUUGAAUUUCUCUUUGAAUUCGUUACAAUUUUCACAUUUAUAAAUUAACCCUGUGUGCUAGAAGCAUUAGCAUUAGGGCUUGGUAUCUUCAGACUCAAAUGUUAAUGCUACCGUAAUAUCCCACUACAUAUUCUCCGUACAGCGAUACAUUCUUACAACUGUUCUAUAUCACCUGUGUUGUUUGUUUGUGGGGUUUUUUUUGUUUUGUUUUUCCUCUUUUAUACACUGGACACUGCAUGCCAUUAAAGGAACAACAUGAGCUCAUAGGAAUAACAGAGGGCAGGAGUGGUACAGGCUUUUCUUGUCUUCUGGGUUUGAACCAUUUUUUCUAUCAGUUUAAUACCAAAUUUGGUCCCCUGGCACCCGACACAACUUUCUCCUUGAUCCUGUCGUAUGAGGAAUGUUUGUUGGGUGGCCAGUGAUGGGACAAGAUAAGCAAAAUAAUGCUCUCAGCCUAACACCCCCUUCUUUCUGUUUGCAGUGCUGCCUUAGAAGUGGAGCUGUCAGAUGAUUCCUUCCCUCCUGAAGACUUUGGAAUAGUGUCCGGUAUGCUGAAUGUUAAAUGGGACAGAAUUGCACCGUAUCUUUUUUUAAACUUUUUUUUUUGUGUGUGUGUGUUUGUCUCUUGGAAUGACAGGCAUUUUCAGUGACUUUAUGUAAAAGCAUUAUGUAGCACUGUAAGAGAACUUUAAAUAGACAAAUAUGGAAAAGUUGUGAUGUGUGUGUGUGUGUGUGUGUGUGUGUGUGUGUGUGUGUGUGUGUGUGCACUAUACUAGGUUGCGCUUAACAGUAAUAAAUGUGUACUAGUCAAACAAUACACCUACACCCCAUAAACAAAAGGUCCAAAUUGUUGUUGUGCCUUGUUCUUUUAACUAGUCUAAAGUAGGUCCUUAUGGGAAGUAACUUCUUACAAGAUGGUCAUUUUAGUAAUGGCAGUUUUCCUCAAUAAGUCAACCUAUGGAAUAGGUAACGAAAACAAACACAAAAUAUAUCUCUGAUGGUGUAGUAAUUUCAAUAUGUGUCGUAUUUGUAUAAAGAGAAACCGAAAUGCACUCCGAAAUAAAGAACUAUCAACUAACUUAGGGCCAACAGCAUGUAGUGAUCCAUUCCUCGCUUAGGAAAUGGUAGAAAUGUACACAUUCAGACUAGGCCGGGUGGAGAGGUGUGAUCUUGACCAUAGAUUGAUGAGGCAUCUUAUCAGUGAUAUGUGGAGAUAAGUACACAAAUGAAAUGGCGCUAGUGUAGUAUUUUAAUAUGUGAUGGUCUAGGUGAAAAGUCACACACUUCCAGUCAGUAUGAAGAAACCAGCAUGGAUCGGUAUAUUACUUUGAUGGGAAAACUAGUGUGAAGUGUCCCUUUAUGUUGUAACUGUACCUGAAGUGCACAUAGUGCUCUUAGUAUCUGAAUGCUGUAGCUUGGCAUUUGAAAGUAUAAUUCUGGCUAUUGGGUCCUUAACCAGCAUUUAUGCAGUGCAAGCAACGUAUCCCACACCGUGGUACUGAGACCACUGAAAGCUGGCUAUUUUAACUUCACAUCUGCCACAGUCGCCUACCUGGCCCAGGAAGGAGCACAAGUAGUGGUGAGUAAUCUGAUAUACAUUGGAAAUAUCUGACAUUUUUUUGAUUAGGCAUUCUGUUUAAAAGGGCAAACACACAGAAGUGACCUGGCAUUCUAUGGUAAAAGAAACAGAAUAUUCUGACUGCAGUUCGGCAACGUCUUUGCAUUAGCUGCCAAGCUCUGGGUGUUUAUAGGCCAAUCAUCCUGGGCUAACCCACCCCAGUUAUUUUUGCUAUUCAUGUUAUCCAAGCUGUGUGUGUUCCCCCUCCCUCUUCCACCCAUGUCCACAUAUUAACCGGUCACUACAACCACCAUAGGCACGUCUGCUUUUUGAAAUAGUGAUGGUGGUAGAAGCCUGGAUGUGCAGUGUUUCUGGUUGAAAUACUACAUCUCCAGUGUUAUUGAUAAUUGUGUCACGGGGACUUCUUGAGGGGGAGGAAUCAAAUUAAUAAUCAUAAUGCCAAUAGAGUAUUAAUGUGUUCUACACAAAAAAUAGUGGUUUUUUUUUUUUCCCCUCAUCUGCUUCUGAUUUAGUGACUCCCUAAAUUAGUCAUCUGUUGUAUAUGACCUGUUCUCAAUCUGGUUGUUCUGUCCAAUUUUACGGUGUAUAAACAGUGCUUUUUGUUACAGGUUGGUUACACCAGUGCGCCUGGACAAGGAGGCAUACUGGCCCAGCGUGAAUUUGACCGACGAUUCUCUCCUCACUUUGUAAGUUUAUAUGCUUGAUCUUGAGUCUCCAUUCAGAAUCCAAAAAGCUGGUUGGUGGAGGGGGGAGGAUAGCAAUUUAGGGUCCUUUUGCUGAGUUGCCACUUCUGGCAAGCAACAAUAUAUCUCUGGUUCUGUACUCAAGUUUGAGAGAAUGAAAUUAAGCUUUAUGCAAUAGACGAGCAUUCUUCUUGCAAAUGUACAGUAACAUGCCAUGGAUAUAAUUUUGAUUUUAAGAAUGGUCAGAAGUAUGAACACUGUUAUUGCAAACUAGUGGUAAGGCUAACCAUAUGUAAGUUAGUCUUAAGGUAUCUGACUUGGUCCAGGCAUUAUUAGUAUUAGUAGUAAUAUUCAUAUAAGGCUAGCAUAUUCCAUAGCGCUUUACCCUAUUAGAGGUAGAGAUUUAACAAUAAAUGAGACAAUUGCAAAAACUUACGGUAACAAUAGGUUGAAAAGGACCCUGCUCAAAUGAGCUUACAGUCUAGAGGACGUGGGGUAUAAAACACAAUAGGACAGGAAAUAACAUUAUCUUGAGUUCCUAUCAAAUCAUUGACAUGAGACUCUCAUAUCACAAAGUGAUGUCUAGGUAUUGAUUUUAAACAUGGGUAACUUACAGAGUUGCCUUUACUGCUGAAACCUUUUAGCAGUGAAACCCAUUUUUAGAAUUAGGUUAAUAUUUAAUAAAUUGGAGGGCCGUAUUUAGUUUGUAUCCUACAGUGAUACGUUUUGGACCAUUUUGACAUCUCCAAUAAACAAGUCCUUUUUCUUUUCCCUUCCUUUACCGCUUUCUCAGCUGGACUGGGCAGCAUUUGGGGUGAUGACACUUCCAUCCAUCGGAAUCCCCCUCUUGCUGUGGUACUCCAGCAAAAGAAAGUACGACACCCCAAAACCGAAAAAGAACUGAAGAAAAUCCAUGAAUGAAGAGCUCUGUCUGACCUACAUGAACAGCUGCCUACCAUGUGGGGUGUCUGCCUCGUUCCACUGAACAAUAAUCUGGGGACUCUCAUCCACCUCCUUGGACUGUUUCUCUGGGAUUAUGCGGCAGCCAAAACUAAACUGAAAACCAAACCAUCAAUGUGUUGUCCUGGAAGCACUGGGCAGUCACUGUGAUCUCAAUAUCCUGAAACAGACUUUCUAAAAGGCGAACAAUACCAGAUUGGCAUCGUUCUAAAUGAUGGAGAGGGCAUUUUUUAACAUGCAUCUCUUACUGAAUUUGGAUAUGUGGAGGCAUUCUGCAUAUUUAUUUUAGCCCAGUAUCCACUAGCUGUGCAAAGUCCUAACCGUGCUGCUAUGACUUUAUCUUAAAGGCCACUUGAAAACGCAGCAAUCUAUUUUGACAUAAUUUUAGUUCCAAAAUAUAAAUUCUCCUAAAAUGUAGGCUUUAUUUUUCCAUUUUCCUAAUGGAAUGAUUUUCCCGUCCCCCUUGCAUUCAUGAGUAAUCUUUAUUUUUCUCCGUUAAGUUAGUGAUAUGAUUUCCAUUCAGACUUAUUGCCUCCUGUACAACUGCGUGGGUGAAUGGCCCAAAUAAAGGGACAGGUUUUCUAAUAAAAUCCAACUGGAACGAACAUUGCGAGUGUUGUCUUCAUUGUGCACAUUUUACAGACUACUUUAGAUUUGGG